AUGGCAAACAUCGAAAGGGGAAAUCAAACCAUCAUCACAGAAUUCAUCUUCCUUGGAUUUGGGAAUCUACCAUUACUGCGCAUUCUGCUCUUCCUGCCGUUUCUCCUGAUCUACAUUGUGACCAUGGCUAGGAACCUCCUCAUCAUCGUGCUGGUUGUGGCUGAUCACUACCUGCACACCCCCAUGUACUUCUUCCUGGGGAACUUGUCCUGCCUGGAGACCUGCUACAGCUCCACCAUCCUGCCCAAGAUGCUUUCAGGUCUCCUGAAUAACAAAACCAUUUCUUUCUUUGGCUGCUUCCUUCAGUUUUAUACCUUUGGUUACCUUGCCUGUACUGAGUGUGUCCUCUUGUCAGUCAUGUCCUAUGACCGAUACUUAGCAGUAUGUGACCCCCUGCAUUAUGCAACUGCAAUGAACUCAAGAGUCUGUGCUAAAUUAGCUUCAGGUUCUUGGAUAACUGGAUUCCCAGCUCUCACCAUAACAGUAAGCUUAAUGUCAACGUUGUCUUUCUGUGGCCCCAAUAAAAUUGACCAUUUCUUCUGUGAUCUGACACCCCUCCUACAACUCUCCUGUACAGACACCCACAUGGUCCACCUGGCAAUGUUUGCCUUUUCUUCUUUAGCAGCAUUCACCCCAUUUCUGCUGACUGUCGCAUCCUAUGCUUGUAUCAUUGCCACCAUCCUGAGAAUCCCAUCUACCACUGGGAGGCAAAAGGCAUCUUCCACCUGCUCCUCCCACCUCAUUGUGGUAGCAGUCUUUUUUGGGACCAUAAUCAUUGUGUAUCUCAUACCAACAGUGGAUACUUGGAGAGCCCUGAACAAAGUGCUGUCUGUCUUCUACACUGUCCUCACCCCAAUGGUCAACCCCCUCAUCUACAGCCUGAGAAACAGGGAGAUAAAGGAGGCACUGAUUAGAGCUCUUACUCAGUGGCAGGUCUUGCAGAAGGAAUCAUGA